AUGCUUAGCUCACAGUUCAAAGGACGUCUUUCUCCUUGUAGGCAUGUUGCAAGACGUGUGGUAGUGCGCCUUCCGAGAAGGUCAAUAUCCAUAAACCAUGACCUAGAACAAGCUUUGAAAAUAGCAACAAGCGUUGAUGUGGUUGUAGUUGGUGCGGGACAUGCUGGAUGUGAGGCAGCAGCUGGUUCAGCUAGAUCAGGUGCUGAAACUAUGCUUAUUACGCCUUUCUUAGAUAAAAUAGGUACCUGCUCGUGCAAUCCAUCAAUGGGUGGUGUUGGAAAGGGCACUUUGCUUAGAGAAGUAGAUGCUUUAGAUGGUGUGGCUGCUAAGGUCACGGAUAAAGCAGGAAUACAGUUCAAGAUGUUAAAUCAAAGUAGGGGUGCUGCUGUUUGGGGUCCUCGUGCUCAGAUUGACCGAGAGUUAUAUUUGAAGGAAAUGCAAAACGCACUACAAAAUUAUCCAAACCUAACUCUAUUCUCCGGCAAAGUGAAGGACGUUAUAAUAGACCACACACUGAAAGUGUCUUUUGCCAAUGAUGUAAAUAAUAGAAAUUUUGGCGAUGUGCGAGGGGUGGUUCUAGAUAAUGAUGAGGUUAUCAAAUGUUCCAAAGUUGUCAUUUCAACUGGUACAUUUCUAAGUGCAGAAAUUCAUAUUGGUUUGAAAACCAUUCCUGCCGGAAGAAUUGGUGAAGCACCUACCUAUGGAAUAAGUCAUACGUUGAAAGCUGCUGGAUUUAAGUUGGGUAGAUUAAAGACUGGUACUCCGGCAAGACUUGAUGGUAGAACCAUUGAUUUUACGAAUCUUGAAAAACAAUACGGUGAUGACCCCCCGUAUCCAAUGUCAUACAUGAAUAAUGAAGUGAGUAUCAAAGACCAAAUUUUAUGUUAUGGUACACGCACUACUUCCGAAUUGCAUGAUUAUUUAAAGCUUAAUUUGCAUCAAUCUAUUCAUAUUAGAGAAACUGUCAAAGGUCCUCGAUAUUGUCCGUCCUUAGAAGCUAAAAUUAUCAGAUUUAGUGACAAAGAUUCGCACAGAAUAUGGUUGGAGCCUGAAGGGUUAAAUACAGACGUCAUAUAUCCAAAUGGAAUAUCGAAUUCAAUGCCUGAGGAUGUUCAGGAAAUUAUGAUGAGAAUGAUUCCUGGGCUAGAAAAUGUAAAGAUAUUGCAGCCUGCUUACGGAGUUGAGUAUGAUUAUGUUGAUCCUCGAGAAUUGAAACAAACUUUGGAGACUAAGCUUAUUGAUGGUUUGUAUUUGGCCGGUCAAAUAAAUGGUACUACUGGUUAUGAAGAAGCCUGCGCGCAAGGGGUGGUCGCAGGCAUUAAUGCUGGCUUAUCAGCAAGAGGACGUCCUCCGUUAAUUCUUUCAAGAUCUGACUCCUAUACAGGGGUGCUUAUUGAUGACUUAAUCACGAAGGGAGUAGAAGAACCUUAUCGUAUGUUUACAUCAAGGUCCGAAUUUCGAGUUACGGUCAGAGCGGAUAAUGCAGAUUUUAGGUUAACAGAAAAGGGGAAAAAGCUAGGUGUUGUCAGUGAAGAGCGUUGGCAACGCUUUUUAUUGGACAAAACCAUAUACAGAGAAUUGGAGAACACUCUGAAAUCUUACGUCCUAUCCAACCAUAAAUGGGACCAGCUACUCGAUGUCGCUGUAGGAUCAACGCACAAAAGCCAAAAUGCAUGGGAUAUGUUUAAAUUUAAUGGUGUCACGCUAGAUUCAUUAAUCAAAGCUAUCCCAGAUUUAUCUAUCGAUUCCAGUGAAAUUCCAGUUCACAUUUUACUGAAAAUCAAUGUCGAAGCUAAAUAUGCUCCGUAUCUAAAAAGACAAAACCAAUUCAUUAAGGCAUUCCAGGCGGAUGAAAAUAUGUUGCUCCCUUUGAAUUAUGACUACACAAAGAUUCCAUCCAUUAGCUCUGAGUGUAAAACGAUUUUGAAUACUGUUCAACCUGCUACUAUAGGGCAGGCAAGGAGAAUUCAAGGGAUGACGCCAGCAUCAAUUUUCGAACUUUAUAAACUUGUCAGGUCUCAACAAUCUGUAAUCAAAAAUGAUCGGAUACAGCAAAGCUAA